AACGCCAGAACGGCGUCUUGUUGUCUGUAUGUCUCUAACUGUCAAUCAGUUCUAAUUCUAUUGUCCAAGCUUAAUUAUCUAUAAAUAGCAGUUAUGUAUAUUACAAUGACAAAACUGUGAAGACCGGGUUUUCCGAUUUCUAACUUCUCCGUAAUCAUUCAAAAUUUUAUCUUGAGAUCAUUGUAAGGAACACUUUGGUUAAUAGAACAAUUCCAUCCUGGUUGAACAUGAAAUAAAAUCGAGGAACAAGAAUGUCCGGAUUGCCAUGGGAAACCGAGGAAAGCCAAAACUACAUUCGAGCGGACUACAUUGUCACUGAUGCUGUAAGGAAGGAAUUGAGGGAUUUCUUUAUUCAGAAGUGGAACAAACGUUACCAGGCAUCUCUCGGAGCAUGGGAUGACACGAACGUCAGUGGUAGUCAGUUGUUUAAUCUGGAGAAAAAACGAGCAAGGCCAAAUAAGACCAUGCUUCAGUCCAAAUUUCAAAAUGGAAAUACAAAUGAGUGGGAUUGUACCGUACUUUUUGAUGCAAUUCUUUAUUCCAACUCAAUCGGUGGUAGUCUUAGUACAAAAGAAAAGACUGAAAUCGAUAUUCUUCGAAAACUGCGAAAUGAAAUAACUCAUAAUAUACCUGACAAAACGCUAACGAAUAAAAACUUUCAAACCAUGACUACAAAAGUUGAGAAUGCAUUGGGUGCAUUGAGACUGUCAAUCAACGAGGUCGUUCGAAUAAAAAACCUGUUUGCAUCAUUUAUAAUUCUUCCCCCUGAACCAGCCCAUGAAGUCGUUUACCGUUCUGACAAGAUACACGAGAUAAGAGAAGAUAUUGAAAAGUUGCGCAGUGAUAACGAUGGCAAACUUACAUAUUUUUACAUCUCUGGGAAUCCAGGCAGUGGAAAAUCUCAACUCGCCAGACAAGUUUGUGAAGAUAUUUGCAAAGAUGUUCAUGUGAAGGACGAAGCAAUGUUUGUAAUGACAUUGAACGGAAAAGAUUUAGAUUCUCUUUUUUAUUCAUAUGAAGAUUUUUGUCGUCGGCUGAAUUGUAACGAGAGCGCAUUGCAAAGUGUUUCAAGUUCAUCUAAAACUAAAGAGGAGAAAAUCAAAGAUUUAAGAUCGCAAAUAUCUUGCAGAAUUAACAAUUGGAAAAAGUGGUGGAUCAUCGUAGACAAUGUGGAAAAUCUAAAAUUCAUAUCCCCACUACUCCCUUUAAAAGGAGACGAAGUUUGGAAGGACGGCCAAGUUAUACUAACAACGCAAAACACAAAUGCAGCUCCACAAGACAGCAUCUCAACAAAGCAUAUUUCACUUAUUCAUGGUAUGAAUGACCAAGAGUGUCGCCAACUGCUUGUUCUCUUAUCGCGUACCGAAGCCAAUGACCCAAUACUAGAUGAGGUGGCGGAGAAGUUAGAUCGUCAACCACUGGCAAUGGCCGCGGCAGCCGUGUAUAUGAGAGAAGUAACCAAUAGUUGCCCAGAUUUUUCUUGGCGAGAUUAUUUACGAAAGCUUGAGAAAGGUAAAAGAGGUUUAACGGAACAUUGGCUUCAGGAGAUAAAUUCAGCAGCAUAUUCAUCCACCAUGAGCACAGCAGUGCUGUUAGCUGUUGAAAAAUGUGCAGGAAAUAACACAAUUCUUGAACACGCUUUCAACCUUUUCUCUUUGAUAUCGUUUGAACCACUACCACUUGAUCUUGUUGUAAAAUAUGUUCAGCAGCAAGAAGAUUUAGAGGCCGAGGAUAUUAUUCCGACAUUUAAAACACUGCUCGUUUUGGAUCGACUAGGACCGAAACAUACUAAUGUUGCUAUCUCAUACAGCAACCUGGGUGAUGUGUGUUACGAUAAAGGUCAUCUUGAUCUUGCUAAUGAUUAUUAUCAACGUGCGUUGGAAAUUGAAUUGGAUCGACUAGGACCGAACCAUACUAAUGUUGCUAUGUCAUACAGCAACCUUGGUGAUGUUUGUAAAAGAAAAGGUGAUCUUGAUCUUGCUAAUGAUUAUUAUCAACGUGCGUUGGAAAUUCAAUUGGAUCGACUAGGACCGAAACAUACUAAUGUUGCCAUCUCAUACAGCAACCUGGGUGAUGUGUGUUACAGUAAAGGUGAUCUUGAUAUUGCUAAUGAUUAUUAUCAACGUGCGUUGGAAAUUCAAUUGGAUCGACUAGGACCGAACCAUACUAAUGUUGCUAUCUCAUACAGCAACCUGGGUGAUGUGUGUAAAAGUAAAGGUGAUCUUGAACGUGCUAAUGAUUAUUAUCAAUGUGCGUUGGAAAUUGAUUUGGAUCGACUAGGACCGAACCAUACUAAUGUUGCCAUCACAUACAGCAAACUGGGCAGUGUCUGUGAAAGUAAAGGUGAUCUUGAUCUUGCUAAUGAUUAUUAUCAACGUGGGUUGGAAAUUCAAUUGGAUCGAGUUGCUAUCUCAUACAGCAACCUGGGUGAUGUGUGUAAAAGUAAAGGUGAUCUUGAACGUGCUAAUGAUUAUUAUCAAUGUGCGUUGGAAAUUGAUUUGGAUCGACUAGGACCGAACCAUACUAAUGUUGCCAUCACAUACAGCAAACUGGGCAGUGUCUGUGAAAGUAAAGGUGAUCUUGAUCUUGCUAAUGAUUAUUAUCAACGUGGGUUGGAAAUUCAAUUGGAUCGACGACCGAACCAUACUAAUGUUGCCAUCACAUACAGCAACCUGGGCAGUGUGUGA